UGGACUCGCCGGCGCUCCUUUCCUUCCUCCACCCGGCGUCGUCCCGCGGCGUGUGCGUGGGAAACUUGGCGGCAUGCUGCGCGUUAACGGCUGCGCGGACGCGUGGAACACGUUGAAGCAGAUGGACGCGAACUCGGCGAGCUGGAAUUCCAGUGUCUUGGCUUCAGACGCAACUGAUCUUCCGUUUCUGCGUGUGCGACAGAUUGUUGGCAUGUUGCUGAAUGGCUGACGAGCCACGCCCCUCCCGCCCUCCCUCGUGAAGCAACACGGUCGCCAUGUACCAGGAGGUGGCUUUCCUGGCCGGCGGCACCGAGCACCAGUUCACAACUUUCCACUUCAAGCACGUGGAGAACCCCCAGGAGGUCUCCUCCAAGAAGGGCGUCUUCUACAAGCGGGCCCAGCACCUCCUCAAGCCCCAGGCCCGCCAGCCGGACUCCGACGACGGGGCGGCCAUCAUCAACGUGGGAGGCAUCAAGUACCGCAUCCCUUGGUCCACCUUGGAGGAGUUCCCCAUGACCAGGCUGGGGAAGCUGCGCGGCUGCAGCAACGAAGCCGAGAUCAUGGACGUGUGCGACGACUACGACGGCAGCCGCAACGAGUUCUUCUUCGACCGGAGCCCGUCGGCCUUCCGCUCCAUCGUGACCUUCCUGGCGGCGGGCAAACUGCGGCUGCUCAGGGAGAUGUGCGCCCUGUCCUUCCAGGAGGAACUACUCUACUGGGGCGUGGAGGAGAACAAGCUGGACUGGUGCUGCCUGAGGAAGCUGCGCCUGCGCCAGGAAGAGUACAAGGAGAUGCAGAGGCUGGAGGAAGAGGAGACCGAACUGGUCACGCUGCAGUCCUGCGAGGAGAGCCAGCAGCCGGGCGCCGUGCCGGACGAGAACCAGGAGGGCGGAUGCAUGCGGAGACUGAGGGACAUGGUGGAGAACCCCCACUCCGGAAUCCCUGGGAAGAUCUUCGCCUGCCUGUCCGUGCUGUUUGUGGCCAUCACCGCCGUGACGCUCUGUGUCAGCACCAUGCCGGACCUCAGGGAGGAGGAGGAGAGGGGGGAGUGCUCCCAGAGAUGUUUCAACAUCUUCGUGCUGGAGACGGUGUGUGUGGCGUGGUUCUCCCUGGAGUUUGUGCUGCGCUUCAUCCAGACCCAGAGGAAGUGCACCUUCCUGCGCACGCCGCUCAACGUCAUCGACGUGGUGGCCAUCUUGCCCUACUACGUCACCCUCAUCGUGGAUUCGCUGUCGGUGGGCGGCAAGCAGGCGGGCUCCGGGAACAACUACUUCGAGAAGGUGGGCCUCGUCCUUCGAGUCCUGCGGGCGCUGCGGAUCUUUUACGUCAUGAGGCUGGCUCGCCAUUCGCUGGGCCUGCAGACCCUGGGACUGACAGUAAAGAGGUGCACGCGGGAGUUUGGUUUACUGCUCCUCUUCCUGUGCGUGGCCAUGGCGCUCUUCUCUCCACUGGUGUUCCUCGCCGAGAGCGAGUUCGGCGCCAAGCAGGAGUUCACCAGCAUUCCCGGGAGCUACUGGUGGGCGGUCAUCUCCAUGACCACGGUGGGCUACGGCGACAUGGUGCCCAGGAGCAUCCCCGGCCAGGUGGUGGCGCUCAGCAGUAUCCUGAGCGGCAUCCUGCUCAUGGCCUUUCCAGUCACGUCCAUCUUUCACACAUUCUCCAGGUCCUACGUGGAACUGAAGGAGGAGCAGAACCGAGCGCUGAGGCAGAAGCCCGACUCGCAGGACAGUAGCAAGUCGCAGAACAGCGAAGACUCGCAAGACACGGACAGCUACCACGGAGCCACGGAAGCCGCCAUCUCGGCCGUACAGAGAAGGAAGUCCAUGGCUCUGCACAGAGAGCAGAUCCAGACUUAGCGGUUCCUUAGUCUGGUCUUCAAGAAAAUGAAACUUCAGUUGGUGUUUCUGACUGGUCCGUGUGGAACUUCAUUUUGGUGAAUAGAUUCAAAAGUAUCCAGAAAUCAAGUACUGUUGUAUGAGUUUAGGAAAGAAAAACUGCCAUAAAGACUUUUUAAGCCGGGUACACAUAUGCGGCAAUCAGGACGAAUUUCCCCCUCUUAUGAUCAAAGUCAGCAAAAGUCCAAUCAAUAGCAAAAAAAUGGUUCUCAAACUUUUUACAACCUAAAAAAAUACUUUGCGCUCCAAGUACCAUCAUUGGUCAUAGUAGGUGUUUGUCAAAAACAUUCCUAAAUAGAAUAUUUAAUAAUGUUGUAAGCCACUGCAACACUAUAGUUAAAAAAAAAACAAAGAAAAAAUUAUUGAUUCAAUUGAAACAUUUUGCACAUAACAUGUUUAAUUCAAGUUAUACCUAAAUGUUUAAAAGAAACAAUUCUCAAUGAGAAAAGAUUAUUUUUCCCUUUCUUUCAGAAAAAGUCAGAUUUUGGCAUUUCUGUCUGAUUUUUUCUUCCCAUUCAUUUGAAAUAAUGACCGUAAAUCAUAAAUAACAUAAUUGCCAUAAGUCGUUUUUGAACGUUUACAAAAAAAUUGAAGAAACGCAAUUCGUCAAACAAGAGUCCAGUCUCCUACACAAAGAAAAAAAAACAUUUUCUAGCAAGCACAAUGUUUUUUAAAAAAUUUUUUUAAAAUUGAUAUUGUGACAGUAGCCAAAGUUAGAAAUGACGGGCAAUUAUGCUGUUAGGCUAAUGAAUUGUUGAACCUAUUCAAUAUUUACGACUGCAAAUCCUUGUGGUCAACAGAGUUCGGCUGAGUGGCGGAUUUUUUAAUUGUGACGUGAAACGGAACAAUAGCCAAUUACCAGAUAAGCUAACAGUUAGCAUGGCUUCUUCUAUGAAAUUUUAAGAAGUCUGUAUGCCUUGUGGCGCAAUGCUGCCUCUCACGGGUGAGUCUUGGUACUACGGCAGACAUCUAGUUUUGGGGAGGAGACCCGUGAUUGUCAGUGGAAGUUUCGUUGUGUGGUUUGCUAUGUUGGUCGUGUCGAGAACAUCACACUGCAACCACAGAUGCCAGUUUUGUUUUCCUUGUCAUGUGGAGUCUCUCACACUUAAAGAAUUGGUUUAACGUAAACAUUUGGUAUGUGCACCUCCGCUUAAGUCACGCGUGGCUAUUCAGCCUUCGUCUGAAUACUAAAUAUUUUACACGGUCUUGUUUCUGAAUUAGAAUGAUUGAGAGAGAGGGAGAGAGUCGUGUUUAUAGGAAUUACUGAUGUGGUGUUUCUUUCCCAUUCACUGUCUCAUUCCGUAUGCACGACAUGUGCCGAGCUAAUUAUAGGCCACACUGCAGCAAAAAAAAAAAAAUUAAAUAAAAUAAAAAGCUUGACAGUCUGUUGGGAAAUUAGAUUGACAAGAAAAUGACAAAAGGAUUGACGCCACUCGACUGAAGGAAAACACGAGGGGAAGAUGAGUUCAAUGCAUCCAGACAAUGAAGUAGAAACGAGUCUCCUCUGCAAUUUUUUAUUUUCUUAAUUUUUUUUAAUAACGUCCAAGAAAGUGGGAGCUGUUACCAAUUCGCUUCAGUAAAUGUAUUUUUUUUUUUUUUUUAGGUUAAUGAUUAUAUUGAUGAGAAUCUUUAAAAUGAUUAAAAUCGUCAUCUUUAAUCUGUAGAGAUGAAAAUGUGCUAACCAUCAUAUUUAGUAUUCUAUUGUGUUUGGAAGAUAAUGUUGGUGAAUGUUACAAUCUUCUUGAAAAAUGGAAAAAAUAAGAUUGAAAGCCAAAUUAAUUUGUCCAAUGAAAAUAAAUUUAAUUCACAAUAACAAGGAAGAAUAGUUCUUAUUGGCUUACUUGAUGAGAAAAUAUUAUAUAGUUGUAUAUAGUUAUAUUUGGGUAUAGAAGGGUGAAUUUACUUUCAAAUUUACUUUCAAAUUCCUUAUCCAUUCAAAACUGUAAAAACAGUAUGUUAUGAAACACCUUUCAGGGAAUUCAAGAAUGAAUGUUGAGUUUGGAUUCAUAUUUUGUGUUAGAUUUUUGGGUACAUUAUGAUUCCUUCAUCGAUGUUAACGGUGUUGUGUGUAUCAGUCGCUGACAACCCUUUAGUCACAUAUUUAGAGCAUGGAUUAAGUGCAAAGGGCAUAAAACACACACACACACACACGCACACACAAAGUACAAAGGCCUUUUGAUAUUCAUUCCCCCCUCGGGCAGCAGAAACGAAAGAGCUCUCACGCUUUCGGGUGAGUCAGGCAUUGAAAAUAAUGGAUUUCCUCAAACGGCGAGUACGUUUUAUGACUUUGUGUGACUGGAGUGCCUUGUCAGGAGAAAACGUAACAGUGUUAAACUGUGAAAGUGUUAUUGGAAUGUGCUCUCUUUUAAAAUCCUACACAGGCAUGAUUAGGCUGGAACACAAAGCAUGCAACUAUUGCACACAAACAAUGUAUCUACUAUUGUUUUUUUUUUAAAUCAAUUAACUUUUUAAAAUGGAUGGUUGGAAUGAAACAACCUGGAAUGUAUUUUGGUUAUGAAACACCAGCCUCCUUUAAAAACAAUACAAAACAAAAAAAACGUAAUAAAGAUUCUAAUAAAGUC